AUGGCAGAGCCGCAACCGAAAAACUUACAAGAGGGCGCAUCCGGUGAUGUCGAAGAUGAAGUCCAAGCUACCGCCAAGUCGGCCGAAGAUCGAAAAGCUGCGGCUGCUAUGGCAAGCCUCGAUACCCGCGGAGACGAUGCCACGUCGUCGAAUGCUGUCGACCAGGAAGCCGUAAGCAAGGCCAUGAAGAGUCUUGGGAGUGGUUCUUCCUCUGCGGGUGCCGCUAAGGAUAUCAAGAAAGUCAAGGUUGACGCUGCCGACGUUGCGUUGCUAAUCGCGGUGCGAUUCAAGGUCGAUGAGCUAGACCUUUCCAAAGCAAAGGCUACCGAGCUGCUUAAAGCGCACGACGGUGACGCAGUUCUCGCUAUGAAGGCUUUUAUCGCUACGUGA